GCGCUAAUGCAGCGACUGUAUGGGUGGAUCAAGUUAAAAUGCAGUUUCCGGACACAUUAGUCGCGUCUUUGACAGCCGUAGUGGUCUUAAAAUAACGGCCCGAUGGGAAAGUUUGUCCGGCAGCCCGGUUGCACUCUCGCUAUCUCGGACCUUCGGCUCUAAAAUGGCUGGCUGUGGGUCCGAGCUGGAUCCGCUGCAGAGAGGAGGAUCGGAUCCGAACCACGACUGCUUGUAAUAGAAUUAGGCAUGCCCCAAAAUGGAUUCUCAGUUGGCUUCAGUCCUGACCAGUGGCAGUCUGGAUGUCCAAAAUGGCAGCCGUUGUUCAGGAGGAUCCCUGCUGGUCACCCAGGAGUCCCCACAUGCAGAGCCCUCUCCCCGAGGUCCAGCAGGUAACCACCAUCCAAGCUCUGUCAAAACUAUCAGGCAAGAUGCUGUGUCAAUCAACGGGAAAAAGCCAGCCAUGGGCGGGACUUACAGGCCGGCCUCUCAGGAAACCAGCAGGAGUGCUGGGCCCAUGCAGCCAAUUAGAGCGAAGACUGCUGGGACGGCUCGACACAGUCAACCAAUCAGGAUUAAAAUUGUCGUUCCCUCUCACUCCAAGCCUCCAGUCAGAAGCUCUAACAUGCUCCUCACCAAAGACUUCACUCGCUCAGCAUUCAGCCGACCACUACUGCUGAAAACUAUAAGAAACAGUGAUAAUAUCCCACUACAUGCUGUCAAAAAAGAACAAGACAUCACUGAGGUAGCUCACCCAAAGACUGAACCCCUCUCCUUGGAGGACGAGAGGCAUGAGGAGUUAUUGGACGCUAAAGUCAUCCACACCGAUUCAUCAUCAGACACUUUAUCAUCCAGCAUCAGUGCAGCUGAAAUACUGAGUCAACAACGGAUCAAAGAGGAGAGCGUCGGGGAAGAGCUGGAAGAGAACAUACCACUGUGUUUGCAAGAAAUCUACUUGACGUCUUUGGGGUCGGAGGAACAGACAGAACCACUAGACUUGAGUUUGCCCAAGAAAAGUGAGAGCAGAGAGGAGAGAUAUGGAUGUUUUUUCGACGAUUUCGGUUUUGAAAGCUCGCUGAUAAUGGAGGUGGAUGAGUACGACGGGGAGGGAGACAGAGAUGUCGUGGAAGAAGACAACGAGCACUCCCUCUUGUCUGCUUCUUUCCUCUCCUGCUCUGUGGACACGGAAAACCAUCUUUUUAUAGAUGACCAGGGAAUCCCGUACACGCUGAAUCAGGAGGGAGUCAAAGUUCCACAAGUUGACACUUCCUCCUCAUAUCAAGUGGAAGAGCAAGAAGUGGAUAGGAAGGAGUCUUCUCAUCCAGAAGCGCAUCAAGCGCCCAGCUCAGUCCAAAGUUUAGAAGUUGCACUCAAGGCACCAUGUGAUUCUCCUGCACCUGCUGCUGAUAGUGAUUCAUCUCCACCUGACAGCCAGAUGAUGAUCACACAGAUCCCGCAGACAAAUAUUCCAGAGCCAGAGGUAGUUGUGUCCAAACCCAGCAGGAUAUCAGUCCAGAGCCAGCCCCUGCAGAUCCUAACAAGCCCUUCGUCUAAUGCUUCCAUUCUGCUCGUGUCAUCGUCCCCUCAGCUCUCCACUGCUCCUCUCUCUCUUCCUCUUUCUGUCGCUCCAUCUGGUGCUUCCACCCCGAUGUUUCUUCUUCUUUCCUCUGUUGCUUCAUCCACUGGGGAGUCUACCUCCACCCCUAUUGCUGUUCUGGACCCGUCCACUGGUCAGCUGUCGCAGAUCACAGCAGCUUCUGCCCCAGUCUCUCUUCCCUUAACUGCGUGUCAGGUCAGCCCUCUCUCCUCACUGAGCUCCAGCUGCCCUCCUGCUUGCCUACCAGGACUGACUCAUGUCAAUGCCAGCUCUCCCCUUACUAGCCCUCCUCAAAACGAUCACACUCCCCUCGGAACUCAAGCCAUAUCUGGAGGAGACGACUCAAACGAAAAGCCAUCGACUGCAACGCCAGCGGCUCCAUCAACGGAGACGCAACAGGUGAUGGACGAGCCCAACUCUGAAACUGAAACUUCGAACUCAGAGCAUAAAUUUGACACAGAACAAUUACCCCUCAAUGACCACAUUUACUUUUCCAACGCUGCUGCAUCUCCAUCUCUGAAUCUCUCGCCGGGCCACAUGGACCCCCAGGACCAACUGGAGUCUCACUCUCCAUCAGGGUCGCCCAACUCCCUCGCCUCUCGCAGGGUUCUGUACUGCCAGCUGUGUCCACGGGUCUUCUUUUACCUCUCUGACCUUGAGCGCCAUGCCAUCACACACUCUCAGAAGAAGCCGCAUGUUUGCCAGCAGUGUGGAAAAGCCUUCAAACGCUCCAGCCAUCUCCAGAGACACAAGCACAUCCACACUGGCCAGAGGAAUUUCGUGUGCACCAUAUGCACCAAACGCUUCAGGGAGGCAGGUGAGCUUCAGCGCCACCAGAGGGUCCACACUGGAGAGAAGCCCUACCAGUGCCAACUCUGCCACACCCGCUUCGCCGAGCGGAACACACUACGCAGACACACCAAACGGAAACACCCGUUCCACCAGGCAGCCAUGAACAUGCUGAGCGAGAAAAGCGACUGCAGUGGUGCAGCGGGAGCUCAGGAAGAGGAGGAGACGGCGGAAUGGUACAGCUCGACUGUGUCCAACUUUGACAACUAUGACCUAGACAUGGAAAGUUAAAGAAAAUGAGCACUUUCUUUAUUUAUUUUUAUGAUAAUUUAUUUAUUUAAUUUGACUAAAUGGGCCAAAAAACAACGAGAGGACUUUAAAUUUGGUCUGAGUUAUAUUAACUAGAUCUGUCUUAAAAUACAUAUUUAUAUAAGAAUAAAAGUUUUCUCACAAUUUAUGGUUGGAUCUUAUAUUAUUGCUUAGAAUCUUAUUGUUCAUACAAUCCUUUGCUCUGUUUGUACAUACAUGAGAGAAGAGCGGCACUUCUGCACUAACGUGUGAAAGAUAUAAUCAAUCUUUCGACAACACUGUGAGUCAUUUGCACUUAUAUUCCACAGGAGAUGCUUUCUAGUUCGAGGAUGCCUGUUGAAUUGUUUAUGUUUCAUGCAAUUGUUUUGACCAAACAUUUUGAGUUCAAUGCUAUACUUUAAUGUGAAACAUGUUAACUUAUUAAAUUUCCACCUUAAAAUAUGUGGUG